AUGAUUGACCAUAUCUUGUUGCCUGAGACGACCCUGAGUGAUGUUUUAUGUGCCCGUAUCUUAGACGAUGCCCCUUUCAAUGUGUCUGACCACAACCCGGUCAUCUGCACCUUGUCCCUGCCAUCACCUCUACCAACACUCACGCGAGAGGGACGAGGGAUUGUCUCAUGGGAAAAAGCUAGAAGUCAGGACAUGUUGAAGGAUUAUACCUUUGCUGUUUCCCAUCUGCUGUGGAGUAUUAAACCUCCCACAGAGGAUUGUGAAUUGACUGAUAUUGAUGAAUAUUAUUCAGCAAUAACAUGUACUAUUUUGCAUGCCAGCAGGGAGACACUACCAAUGAAAUCAUUCAGGUCAUUCCUGAAACCAUACUGGAACAAAGUUGUGAAUGAUUAUCAUAAUCACAUGACUGCUAAGCGUCGUGUUUGGCUUGCUGAUGGCAAACCUCGUGGGCCUGCACACACGUCCUACAGAGAAUACAAGGCAGCAAAAUCUGACUUCAGGAAGCACAUGAGGCAAGCAAGUGAUAACCAUAUCUCACAGACUUUUCAAGAACUCGAACAAUCCCAUGACCUUGAUAUCCGGACCUUCUGGAAUUGUGUGCGGUCAAUAAGAGGGGGACACAAGUCAACACUUUCCCCGAUAUUGUAUCAAGGAGCUGUGCACAGUGAUCCAGAGGCUAUAUUUGAUGCUUGGGCUAACCAUUUUCAGGAUGUAUAUGCUGCCAAAGACCGAGACAAUUUCAACUCUUCCUUCUGUGAGCAGAUAGAAUCCCUAGUUGAGGAGAUCCGUGUUAAAUGCAAGGAAGAACGUGAUCCACAGCCAAUGAAAUUCACAGAGUUGGAAGUCGCUGAGUGCUGUGCCAAGCUGAAGAACAAUAAAGCUGGUGGUGCUGACAAGAUCGUGUACGAGCACCUAAAGUAUGGUGGCAGAACCUUGAUGUUUCACUUGGCAACCCUCUACAACAUCAUUCUUGAAUCCGGACAUAUCCCGACAGCUUGGCGCGAGAGCAUCCUGGUGCCUCUGUACAAAGGUGGGAAUAAAUCAAAGAAAGACCCGAACUCUUACCGUGGCAUAUCACUCUCCCCUGUGUUGUCAAAAGUGUUUGAGAUGGUGCUCCUGUCUCGACUGGACGGACUAAAUCAAUCUGAUACCUUCCCCCCACCCACAACAAAUGGCAUACCAAUCUCAGUUAUCUGCCCUUCACACAUCCUUCAACUUGCAAGAGACGAUACGCCAUUACCACGAGCGGAAGGAGGAUACCCAUGUUGUGUUCCUGGAUACAUCAAAGGCCUUUGA